UGUGGUUGAAAUUCCCGCGCAUUGUCGUCAGAGUGACGUCGUGCGUGCGCCGGACCAAUAGCAGCUUGUCUUGCUUAGGGAAGUUGAACCGAGUGUGAGGUAAAAACAUGGCGGACAUCGUAGAAAUUCACAAGCUAAAGCUAGCAGAACUCAAGCAGGAAUGCCUGGCUCGUGGCUUAGACGUGAAGGGUAACAAGAGUGACCUAGUGAACAGACUUCAAGCCUAUAUAGAUGAACACGCUGAAGAGGAUGCCAAUGAGGAAGAUGUUCUGGGAGAAGAAACUGAGGAAGAAGAACAGAAGCCUGUUGAUGCUCCACUUAAGGAGGCUGAACCUACUGACGAGCCAGAGGAAAAGGACAAAGGUGAAGAAUCCCAAAAGUCUCAUAUACCUUGUGAUCCUGCAGAAAGACUGGAAACAGAGAAGAAGCUGGUGAAAAUUACUAGUCCAGUUUCUGAAGCUGAUAGACUUCAGAAAAGAGCUGAGAGGUUUGGGGUCCCUGCUAGUGCAGACAAUAAGAAAGCAGCCCGUGCCAUGCGGUUUGGUCUUCCAUCUACUGAGCAGAAAGGCCAGAUCACAGGAGUAAAAACCCCGGUAAACAUGGAUAAGCUGAAAGAGAGAGCUCAAAGAUUUGGGGUCAGUGUUUCGCCUGUCACAAAGAAGGGUGAAGAUGAUGAGAAACUUAAGAAGAGAAAAGAACGUUUUGGCAUAGUUACUAGCUCCGCUUCUGUAACGGAUGAUAUUGAGGCAAAGAAGAGGAAAAGAUCAGAGCGGUUUGGCAAUGUCUAGCUCAUCCCAUUUUACUU